GAUCUAGAUACUAGCGCUCCAACACUUGUAAACGCAGUUAAAUGUUAAUGUGUUACGGUCGUCGCGAUUGCAUUUUACUCCUUCGACCGUAUUUUAACGAUAAACAAUUUUAGAUUAAUUAUUUUUUUUGCAUUUCCCGUCGCCAUUGUCUCGUGCGCGUAUUCGUCCGGUGUACCGAAGUGAACGUCCGGUCCGGUUGUCAUCGCAGUUUACUGCGCGCCAUUUGUCUCGCUUUGUGCGUUGACGACGUAGAAAGUAGUUGCAUGAUUGAUUAACCCGGAUUGGCCUUGCUGUAGGUACGUCGUGACUCGUAAUGUUAACGUAGAGGGUCGUUCGUACGCAGACCUUUCUUUAGCUCAGUACUGUUAGUUCUUAUACUAACCAUCGCAAUGCCAAGCAUCGGUGUUAACCUACGAGUGACCGGUUACUGCAACCAGGGCGGUAGAAAGUACAUGGAAGAUAUGUUUUCGGUGGCCUACCAGCAGACACCGGACAUGAAAGACUUGGAGUACGCCUUCUUUGGCAUAUUUGACGGACAUGGUGGUUCGGAAGCAGCUGCAUAUGCCAAAGAUCAUUUGCUCGACACCAUCAUCAAAGAUGAUGCAUUCUGGUCAAAAAAUGAUGAAGACGUAUUAAGGGCUAUCCGUAAUGGUUACGUAAAUACUCAUAUUGAAAUGUGGAAAAACUUAGAAAAUUGGCCGAGAACUCCAUCUGGUUUACCUAACACAUCGGGUACCACAGCAAGCAUAGCAUUUAUAAUGAGAGGAAAAAUAUAUACUGGUCACGUUGGUGAUAGUUGUAUAGUACUUGGAUAUCAAGAUGAAGAAAACGGAGAGUGGAAAGCUAAACCAUUAACACGAGACCAUAAACCAGAAUCAUUUGAAGAAAAAAUAAGAAUAGAAGAGUGUGGAGGCAAAGUUAUUAAUAAAUCUGGUGUUCCUAGAGUAGUAUGGAAUAGGCCUCGCAUUGGUCAUAAAGGUCCUGUACGCCGUUCAACUACAAUCGAUGAAAUACCGUUCCUAGCGGUAGCACGUGCUCUUGGUGAUUUUUGGAGUUACAAUUCUGAGCAUAAUAAAUUUGUUGUAUCUCCUGAACCAGAUGUUGAAGUUUUCGAUGUAGAUCCUUCUAAACAUCGUUGUUUGAUAUUUGGCACUGAUGGCUUAUGGAAUGUUCUUUCGGCAGAUGUAGCAAUUUCAAAUGUAUAUGGAACGGAAAAACAUAAUAUUGAAAUGAAAUCUUUAGAAAAAGUAGAUUGGUUAAAUCCAUCAAAAAAUCUUGUUGACAAAGCAAUUUUACAAUGGAAUAAAGUAAGAUUGAGGGCUGACAAUACCACAGUUAUUACGUUAAUGUUAGAUCCACCUGGUCCACCUGCUCCACAAGUGCUAUUAAAACAUAAAAUGCAGACUGGUAAUAUGAAAUGUGAAGAUAAAAAUAGUUGCAAAUGUGUUGACGGAGAUCCACAAGUUCAAAGAUUUGGUAGAGGUUCAAGUGGUGGAUAUGCCAUAUUUACUAGAUAUCCUACAGAUCAUCAUCUAAGAGCAUCAAGUGCUCUUCCCAGCACUUCAAAACCAUAUCCUAAUACUCCUAUAGAAACACCACCUUUAAAAACAAAUAAAGUACUCAGAACAUCUGCAAAAAUUAAUAAUAAUAAUAAUAACAACAACAAUAAUAGUACUAGUAAAAAGGAUAGUCAACCAGCAGAAAAAAGGUGUACACUGACAAGCAGCGGAAGAAUUGUCAAAAAACAAAAAUUAAAUGAAAAGUCUACAAUUAAUGAUGAGACUUCAAAAUUAGGAAAUAGUGAUUCUGAAAAUGAGCAAAUGCCACGUGAACCUUGGCUGUUGUCUCCUACUAAAUCAAUUAAACCCGAAGAGACUAAAGUGGGUGUAGUAUUAAGAAGUUCUGGAAAAAUCCAGAAGGUAUGGAAAUGUAAUGACACCAAAGAAGAUUCUACUCCAACUAAAAUUACAACAUUAUCAAAAAUUAAGACACCUUUGACAGAACCAAUGACUAGAAUAUUAAGGUCACACAAAAAGAAAGAUAGCAGAAGAUUCAAAAAAGUUGCAUCUAGAUCAUCUUGGCCUGCCGGCAUGGUAACUCGUAGUCAUAGGAGAAGCGUUAAAUGUUAAUUAUAUAUUUUUUCCUUCUGUUAAUUUUAAUUAAUUUUACCACAAACUACCAAAAUCAUUCAAUAUGUUAAUAUUUUGUAGUAUUGUUUUUAUUGUAUGUCCGUUUGACAUAGUUUUGCUUAUAACACAGAAAUUAUUGUUGUGUUUUUCCUUUUCUUAUUUGUUUUACCUAACAAACAGAAAUAUUUUAAUUUUUUCAAAUUCAAACAAAUAUAAUCUAUUAUGUAUUUUUUUCUACUAAUUUAAAAAAGCUUUUUAACAAAUUAUAAUUUGUAAUUAUUUGUUCAGUUCAUUAGUUAUGCUAUUGAUUAAUUGUACAUUUUAUAAAAUCGACCCAUUUUAUUAUGUCAUUUUUUCUCUUUUAGAAAAAUUGUUAAAUGACAAUAUUAUAAAAUUUAAUUAAUAGUUAUGUAUAAAACAAUUAUAUUUUUUUAAUUGUAAACAUUGUGUUAAAAACAUAUUAUCUUUAUAAUUAUUCACAGGAUGUGAAAUGUAAAUGUUUGUUGAAACUAUUAAGAGUAAAAUAUUAAAUCAUACAUAUUUAUAUUAAA